UUGUCAGUUUGACAGACCACUUAUACAAACCACUUGUGCUCAGUGAAUUUCGUAGUUCAUCAUGGGUUUUAUUUCUACUGUAAUUUGUCUUUUGUCAAUUAUUUCUUUGGGAACAUGUUAUCUUGAAUACGAUGGGUGGAUAAAUAUCGAGCUUCGUCAUGCACUUGAUUCUGUUAAUUCUGAAAGCUUUUCGUAUCGUGGAAAUGUAACUAUACCUAGUUUAAAUUCAGGAUUGUCUAACAUUUUGCAAGAUGCUCUUACUGACAAAGAAUAUCAAAACCUAAAGGCCCUUGCUAAAAAAAAUAUGUUUUACCGUCUAAGUGCUACGGUCGUUUACGCAAACGGAGUAAAGCAAACUUAUAUGACCUCAACCAAAGCAUGUAGUCUUUUAGCAGCGCAACUUAAUGACAUUCUCUGGGUUUCGAUAGAUGGGUCUGGAUUUGUAACUGCAGUUUCCCAAACUGUGGGUUCUUCGGCCACCGAUGAUUGUUCUAAUUUCGAACUGCCGAUAUCUGAACUAGAAGAUUUUAAUACCGACGUGUUAAUCAAACAUACAGAAUUAGCACCAGUUCCUGAUACUGCUAGUUUUAUACAAAAAGUUGAACGCGAACGAGAAGCUCGUGAGAGAGGCGAAGUUCGUGACAAUCGUGGCUUUUUUGCGAAAUACUGGAUGUAUAUUGUUCCAGUCCUACUAUUAGUAUUUAUAUCAGGAGCUACAAAUCAAGACAACGCAAAAUAAUAUUAUUUAUUUUAUUUCAGUAAUAUUUAACAAUAAACUUAAAAAUUUA